AUGUCUUACUUGACGGCCAACGAUCGUAUUAGGGCCGUGGAGGCGAUAAUAAAUUAUGGAUUCCACAACCCGCAGUUUAUUGCGAAUGCUCUGAAAGCGGCGGGGUCUUCCGGAGCUGCGCAAGGAAAUAAGCGACUUGCGCUUAUUGGUGAUGCUGUCUUGAGACUAGUCUUAUAUGAACUGGGAUAUGAAGAGGAUCGUUCAAUAGGGGACAUGACCUCAGCCCAGAAUACUCGGGCGACCAACGAGAACUUGGCCAGAAUAGGCUUUUCUUUGGGGCUUAGCGCUUUUAUUCAAUUGAGCCCUUCGGCUCAGGGUGUCGUCCCAGAGCGUUUAAUGGCGACUACCAUUGAAGCCAUUAUCGGAGCCGUCUAUCUCGACAGCGGCAGGGAUAUCAUGGUUGUACGGGCUUUGAUACGUUUUAUGCGGAUAUAG